AUGGAGCGGGAUGACUCGGUCAACGCGCUGAGCGUCAUCGAGGAGGGCGACGAGCAAGACCUGAACGCGGAGGCCUUUGCAGACAUGGCCAUGAGCGGGAUGGACAUGAAUCUGGAGCUCAACACCAUGCAGAUCGACAGAAACGGCGCCGCCGUGCAGCCAUCAGAGACUCAAACAAAGCGCAGCGCCUACGAAGAGUUGAAAAAUGGCGCUGUCCAUUAUUCCAGACGAGAGGACAAGAUGCAGGUGCUGCAGGAGCACCCAGCGGUGGCGUCCGUGUCGACGGACGGGAGGUCCGUGGGCUGCAGAUGUGGACGCAGUGUGAGACUGAAUCCGCCGUGGUACAUUCUUAAGUUCGAGCAGCACGUGGCCAGUCGGAAUUGCACUUUUUUAAGACAAAGUAGGCCCAGAAAGAGAAAGAGAACGGAGGAUAAAGAGACAGGAGAAGCAGAGGAACAGCGAGAUACAGAUCAGCAAGAAACGCAGGGAGAUCAACAAGACGAAGACGAGGAAGACAGUGGAGUAUACUCGCUGCAGUCAGUGGACGCAAUAUUGCGGCGAGAGUUUGGAGUGAUAGAAAAUGGCCAGCGCCAGAUUAAGCCCCCUCCUGACGAUUCCCCCAACCUUCUUGCUAGGAUGUUCAAAGGAGCGAUGACAUUGCGCGAGAACCCUCAUUUUAAGCGGAUUACACCUGAUGGGAAGUUUGUGGAGUGCAAAUGCUCUCGAAUAGUACUUCUGGGCGCACCGUGGCAGCCUGGACACUUUCUAAUGCACGUCGCUGACAAGCAGAAGCCAAAGAAACGAGCAAAACCUGCUGCUACAGCUGUAGCGAGUGCAGAGUGGAAAAAUAAAAGAGUGCCCGCUACAGCGAGGACGAUGAUUUCACACGGUGUCCUCAUGAGACCGCCGACGUCCGCAAGUGCGCUGUUACAUGCAUACAAAAGCAAAAAGAGCUUCCCACGCGACAUCCGGUGGGACGUGGCUCGCGCUCGUGGUUUACUGCCGUGUCCAGGGCUGCGAGACGAACGUAUGAACACGUUUGUGACGUGGGCGAUCCAAUUGACUGGAGGGGCGCGACAUCGACAGAAAAUUGCUCGAGAACUCUUCCCUCAUCUCUUUCCCGACAACGCGGAGUACGAUCAUAGAGACGAAGCAGGGCAUGGAGAUUUGGGUUAUGUUAACACAACACAGAAGCGACAGCCGAAGCUCCAACAGCUUCUUGAAGCGGAGAAAUUGCUGCUGCACGAUGUAAUUGAGGGCGAGGCGCUGUGGUUCGUGGAUAAAGAUGGCAACUCAGUGCGCAGUCUGGACUGUCUCGGCGUCGUUGAAUCUAGCAAAGGGGUGGACCGAUGUCUGUCCUGUACUGCUCUCCGCAGUAACGUGGCUCUGAGAACAGCAGCAGCUGCGAAGUACAAGGUUGCAACACGUCCAGGACCGCCACGCAACCCGAUCAAUAGGAAAUUCUGUUCGGGACGCGUGUGCGCACUGCUCGAAGCUGAAUUCGACAUGCAAGAACCGUAUGCCAGAGUACUACGCGACUUGGCACUCGCUGAUAUCCCCAGUGCUUUGAAUACGUGGAUGGAGAUGGCUACAAUGGGUCUUUCAGGCGAUUUUGACUCGCAUUCAGCUCUACUUGGACUUAUAGAGGCGAUGGUACGAUUGAAAGACAAGGAGCAACGUGGCGUGGGAUUACAGAAUAUGACGUACAGUGAUCUUCUGGAUUCGUUUAUGCGCUCACUCGCUGAGUUAUCAUCAGAAGCGUGCGAGUUGUUCCAGCGGCAUUUAGGCGGGCGUAAGCAAAAACAAUUACUAGCGGCGACGUCAAGACCGAUCAAGCGUAAAGUUCAGCCCCCAACUGCCAGAACUGGCCAGGAACAACAGCCAGGUGACGUGCUGUAUGAUGGGGUUUCAAGUUCGGCUACUGUGCGUGCUGUUAGCGACGAUGGCUUUGCGCAUCUGCUGGAUCCUUCAGUCGUUGGACUCAGUAUGCCUCCUUUAUCUAUUGGCGACAUCCAAGACGUCGACCUGACGGCAUUUCCUACUUCUUCGGCAAUGCAAAACCACAGCAACGCUGUCCAAGGCGAGUCAGCCACGCCUUCAGCCACAGUAAGUGACUCAGCGAUUCCGUCAGAGGCUUAUCAGCUGUCAACAAUCCAGCCAGCUCGUCAGGAUACUGACAAGCGCAACGACACUAUUAUUGAUGCAGUCGCUGGCACUGAAAGGCAGAGUAACGAAGACAUUGCGGAGGAAUCAAAGGAGGAUGAAGAACAAAUGGAAAGUGACCCAGGUGCAGUGGCGUUCCUCUCCGAACUAACAUCUCGCGAAGGCAAGGCCAUCUGCUCCAGCGAUGAUGCAGUGAUGCCCACCGACCACGUGCCAUGCACUGGUCUACGUGAUGACAACGUGCAGGCCUAUGUGUCUAAUGCUGUCCAGGUAGUCGGAGGUAGUCGACCUCGGUAUGUCAUUGCUCGAGAGCUGUUCCCUCAGGUCUUCGGAAACGACAAGAAGGUUCGCAUCGUCGACAAGCUCAAUGAGGAACAGCGGCUAGUGCUACAAGAUGCAGUGUUUAGCGAGUGUCUUUGGCGUGUGGAUAAAGAAGGUCGCUGCGUUCGCAGUCUGCGUUGCAAGCGAUUCGUGCCAGUCACCGACAACCAAAACCGUGGGAAUACUCAGAGCCAAGGUGUAUGCCGGGCCUGUCGUGACCUGCGCACUGUGCCGAACUUCCGCAGUGUGCUUAGUCGCUCGAAGAUACCGAAGAAACUUGAGAACAUUAAGUACGUGCCCAGUGUGUACACGGAGAGCGAUCCUUUUCUGCGUAAACUAUCCAAGAACUCGGCAUUCCGCGGGCUUUACCAGACCGUCAAGCACAUGGUUUCUACGAGAUCUGGCAGCAAUGGCGAGGUGGAUGCGGAGCGAGUGAAGCAAGUGCAUUUCUGGCUGCGCUUUGCUCGCAUGGGAGUCUUUGGACACUUCAAGUCGCAUCCAGUUUUCGAAGGACUUAUGAAGAGUAUGGUGGAGAUGAAGGACAAGCAACGUCGUGGGGUUGGUAAGCAGAAUAUGCAGUACUCGAGAGCGCUGGAUGAGUUCAUGCAGAGCAUGGCGCAGAUAUCCACCGAGGCGUUUGAACUCUUCGCUGGCCAGUUCUGUGGCCGCACGCUGCGCUCCCAGAAGGUCAAGCGGCGAUCCACGAGCACAACGCUCGUUGUUCCAGCUCAGACGUCCAUUGCAGCUGAGUCUGCACCAGUUGAGACGAACGGCGCUGUGGAUCCUCCUCCGCAUCAGCCACUGUCUUCUCCGACGCAUCAACAUUAUCUCAUGCCACCAGAUGAUCUGCUCGAUGGACGGAGUUUAUCUUCAGAGGAAAGUCAACGAUUUAUGGAUCGCAUGCUGGACGAGGUGCGACUGUCAGUGAGCCGUGAGAUGUUCGAAGAAGAGCGUCGUCGCAGCGAUGGGAACUCUGGGGAUAUGGAGCGGACCAACGAUGAAGAGGACAGCAGUCGCUUGGGUCCUGAUACAUAUCUGGAUGAUGACGGAGUUCUUACUACAGAAAUUUAA